AUGUACGAAGACAGCCUGUCCGACGCCGAAUCCCUGGCAAAAUCCAUUUCCGGCACCCGCGCUGUCUUCAUCGCUGUAAGAUGCCCGGGCAACAUGCCCGGCAGCACCAUCGCACAAAACACCGCCGCAGCCCUCAUCGCAGCCCUGCGCAUCCUACAGACCACCUUCCCCAACAGAAAGCUCCCGCAAGUAGUCCUGCUCAGCACCGCCAGCACAAGCGACUACCAUUGCCGCGAUUUAUCACCCACGCCUAGAACACAUACGCUAGUCAGGAUCAUGAGAGAGCGAAAAUGCGAACCUGCUGCAUCAAUAUAG